AAUCUAACACUCAGUAAUUGGCUAACUGUAGUCAGAUAUUAUGACAACAACCAGCCUAUAUCACAGAAAGAUGUUAUUAAGCAUUUCAAGAAUCUUCCUCAGGGUGCUUUGAGAUUUACUCAAUCAUCCCUCUCUCAUCACAUUACAGCAAAAGGAUAUAGCAAUGGUCAGGCCCAUUUGUCAUCAAAUACAACAGCUCUUUCAGAAAAAAGGGCCUGGAUUGUUACUCAGCCAGAUGUUAAAAAGGCACUCAUUUUGUGGAUCGGUCACAUAGAGCAGAAACAUGAAACUGUUACAGACCCAAUGCUUAUGGCAAAACAUGCAAAAUUUGAGGAAGUCAUGGAUAUACCAGAGGAUGAGAGGUCAAAAAGAGUGGUUGGAUACAAUUUUACAGUGUAUUGA